AUGAAGAGCCUGGUACGACAAGCUUUCCAUCAAGAGAUCCCGUCGUGGAUCCAGGAGGUGCCUACAGUUGAAGACAACUGGAGCCCUUGUUUGCAGACUCUAGAAGGUCAUACCGCCUGUGUGACUUCAGUCGCGUUCUCGGCAGAUCGCAAACAUAUUGCCUCAGGGUCAAAGGACAAUACCAUCAAGAUAUGGGACGUCAUUACAGGAGUAUGCCUCCAAACCAUGGAAGGUCACACUGAUUGGGUAACUUCGGUGAUUUUCCUGCCAAACGAUAAGAAAGUUGUGUCGGGGUCCGUUGACGAAACCAUCAAGAUCUGGAAUGCAACAACAGGCAAUUGUGAUGAGUCACUUGAAGGCCACACUGGUGCAGUUCAGUCUGUAGCCGUCUUAUCGUAUAGCCAGAUCGUCUCCGUAUCACACGAUCAAACAAUCAAGGUCUGGGAUAUUUUAACAAGCGCUUGCAUCAUGACAUUCAGGGGACAUGAUGAAUAUAUAACAUCAGUCGCUACUUUUGCGAACGUCAAUAUCGCUACAGGAUCUGGCGAUGCGACCAUCAAGAUAUGGGAUUCCUCUACAGGUGCAUGCGUUCAGACACUCAAGGGCCAUAUUGCAUGGAUAUGCUCGGUAGCUUUCCUGAACAGCCAGCAAAUUAUCUCAGGGUCAGAUGAUGAGACAAUCAAGGUUUGGGAUAUAGCUACGGGGGAGUGUGUUCAGACACUCAGAGGGCAUACCGAUUCUAUCUGGUCGUUAGCCGUUGUAGCACCUGGCCAGGUUGCUUCAGGAUCUGACGGCAUGAUCAAGAUCUGGGACAUAGCUACAGGUGCGUGCAUUCAGACACUAAAAGGGCACACCGAUUAUAUCAAGUCGAUAGCUACUAUGUCCCCUGAUGGAAUAGUUUCAGGUUCGCAUGAUGGAACAAUCAAGAUAUGGGACCUGGCGAUAGGCCCGAGUGAGAGAAGCUCUGAUAGCCAUAGCCGUCUUGUUCAGUCAACGGCUUUGUCGUUGGAUGGGCGGCAAGUGGCUUCAGGCUUAACGGAUGACAGAAUCAAGGUCUGGGAUUUGGAAACAGGCACCUGUGUCCAGACACUCCAGGGUCACAGCGAUUUUGUGACGUCCAUCAUUUUUCUCAAAAACGGCCAGAUCGCCUCAGCUUCGUGGGAUGGGAUGGUCAAAGUCUGGCAUGUUGAUACAGGCGCCUGUGUUCAGACACUCAAGGCUUCCAAUGCGGUCUACUCAAUAGCCUCCUCGGCACACAGCAAGUAUAUCGCAUUGGGUUUGAAGAAGAAAGUAGAAAUUUGGAAUGUGACUAAGGGUAAGUGUAUUUGGGUUCUUGAUGACACAGGCUUUGUCAAUUCGCUCGCCUUCUCUAUGGAUGCUCAGCAGUUGGUCUUGGGAUCAAGCACCCUUGAGAAUACAGGUAAGAUUACGAUCUGGAAUAUCGCUACAGAGACAUGUACUCGUACACUCGAGGGCCAUGACAGCGAGAUAUUAGCAGUGGCCUUUUCUUCAAAUGGGCGGUAUGUUGCCUCGGCAUCCGCGGACAGCACAGUCAAAGUCUGGGAUGUAGCUGAAGAAGCGUGCCUCCAGACACUCGUUGGCAUGGUACACCGCCUUUCAUUUGACCCAAGGGCGAACCAUAUCAUCUAUAGCGACAUUGGCAUUAUAGAUCUGGACCUGGAUCUGGAUCCGAGGUCAGUUGCCACGGAACUGGGGGAUGAACCCCUUCUGCGACGACAUGUUGCCACUCGUGGCUACGGAAUAGAUAAAGGUCAUGAAUGGAUUACGAAGGACGGAAGGCCUCUCUUGUGGCUGCCUGUGGAAUAUCGGUCCUAUACUUCGGUCAUCGUGGAGUCCUCGAUUGUUUUCUGUAAAUCGGGUCAUCUUCUCAAAAUGAAGUUUUUAGACCCAGAACCAGAUACGCAGCUCCCAUAG